AUGGGUGGCCAGUUUGCCAUUGUCAGGAAGUGCCGGGAGAGGAAGACGGGGCUGGAAUACGCGGCCAAGUUCAUCAAGAAGCGGCGACUCUCGUCCAGCCGCCGGGGGGUCAGCAGGGAGGAGAUCGAGAGGGAGGUGGACAUCCUGAGGGAGAUCCAGCACCCCAACAUCAUCACCCUGCACGACAUCUUCGAGAACAAGACUGACGUGGUGCUGAUCCUGGAGCUGGUCUCCGGGGGAGAGCUCUUUGAUUUCCUGGCUGAGAAGGAGUCCCUGACGGAGGAGGAAGCCACUCAGUUCCUGAAGCAGAUCCUGGAUGGGGUGCACUACCUGCACUCCAAGCACAUCGCCCACUUCGACUUGAAGCCAGAGAACAUCAUGCUGCUGGACAAGAACGUGCCAAACCCCCGCAUCAAACUCAUCGACUUCGGGAUCGCCCACAAGAUUGAAGCUGGGAAUGAAUUUAAGAACAUCUUUGGGACCCCAGAGUUUGUAGCUCCAGAAAUUGUGAACUAUGAACCUCUGGGGCUGGAGGCUGACAUGUGGAGCAUCGGGGUCAUCACUUACAUCCUGCUGAGCGGAGCCUCCCCAUUCCUGGGGGAAACGAAGCAGGAGACCCUGACCAACAUCUCUGCUGUCAACUAUGACUUUGAUGAGGAGUAUUUCAGCAACACCAGUGAGCUGGCCAAGGACUUCAUCCGCCGCCUGCUGGUCAAGGACCCCAAGAAGCGAAUGACCAUCGCCCAGAGCCUGGAACACCCUUGGAUUAAGGUGAUCAAGAGGAGGAACGUCCGCAACGAGGACAGCGGCAAGAAGCCCGAGCGCCGCCGGCUGAAGACCACGCGCCUCAAGGAGUACACCAUCAAGUCCCACUCCAGCAUGCCCCCCAACAACACCUACAUCAACUUCGAGCGCUUCUCCAAGGUGAUGGAGGAGGUGGCUGCAGCUGAGGAGAGCCUCCGAGAGCUGGAGAGGAACAAGAAGUCCUUCCAGGAGGACAUCGAGGCCCUGCUGUCCAUCUAUGAGGAGAAGGAGUCGUGGUACAAGGAGGAGAACGAGAGCAUCAGCCAGGACCUGCGGCAGAUCCGGCAGGAGCUGCAGAAGACAGAGGCUCUGAAGAAGCAGGCACAGGAGGAGACCAAGACCGUGGUGCAAGUGGCCAAUGGGCUCAAGAGGAGGUACCGGAGGCUGGAGAACCACUACGAGGCGCUGGCCAAGCAGGUGGCUUCGGAGAUGAAGUUUGUGCAGGAGCUGGUGUGGUCCAUCGAGCGGGAGAAGCUGCAGAGCGGUGAGGGCGACGGCAGCAUCCGUUAG